AUGCAUACCAUUUCCUUCAUCAUCACUACUCUCCUCGCCACCCACGCCGCUGGACACGGUCAUGUCACCAACGUGGUCGUCAAUGGCGUCUCCUACCGCGGUUUCGACAUCAAUUCGGACCCCUACAACUCCAAUCCUCCAGUAGUUAUCGCCUGGAGCACCCCCAACACUGCCAACGGCUUCAUUUCCCCGGACGCCUUCACCUCCGCCGAUGUGAUCUGCCACCUGGACGCCAAAAACGCUCGCGGCCAUGCUGUCGUCGCUGCUGGCGAUAAACUCAGCAUUCAAUGGACCGAGUGGCCCGAUAGCCACCACGGACCCGUCGUCGACUACCUGGCAUCGUGCGGCUCCAGCUGCGAGACCGUCGACAAGACGACUCUGGAAUUCUUCAAGAUAAGCGGCGUCGGGCUGGUCGACGGCUCGACGGUUCCCGGGGUCUGGGGUGACGACCAACUCAUCGCGAACAACAACAGCUGGAUGGUUCAGAUCCCGUCGACCAUUGCGCCGGGUAACUACGUGCUGCGACACGAGCUGAUUGCCUUGCACGGUGCAUUCAGCGAGAACGGUGCCCAGAAUUACAUGCAGUGCUUCAACUUGCAGAUUACCGGGUCAGGCACUGCGAAACCCUCCGGUGUGCUAGGUACCAAUCUCUAUAAGCCCACAGACCCGGGUAUUCUGGUCGAUAUCUACAAGUCGCUAUCGACCUACGUGGUUCCGGGCCCGACCCCCAUCCAGGGAGCUUCAUCGAUUGUGCAGUCAAGCUCGAAAAUCACGGCGUCGGGCACUCCAGUAACCGGGUCUGGCGGCGGCGACACUACUACUACGGGGGGUGCGACGACUACGACGCUGAGCACCACCACGAGACUUACCACGACCACCACGACCAGUGCGACGAGGACCACGACGGCUGGGGGCACCGUUACUUCGGUGCAGUCGAACUACGGCCAGUGCGGUGGAAAUGGAUGGGCUGGUCCGACGGCCUGCUCGACUGGCGCAACUUGCACUUCUUACAAUGACUUCUAUUCGCAGUGCUUGCCGACGGCAACUUGA